AUGCGUCAUGGCGACGAAUUUACCGCACCUUUUACCGACGACUCAAACUCUACAAAAUCAACGACAACUCCAAUGUCAACAUACGACGACGACGCGUUUGAUGCUACAACUACAUCUACUGCUGAGCCGACAACAACUACUACAACACCUGACCCGGCCGAUCCGGAAUAUAUUUUGCACUUUCCAAACGAACAACCGGUUGUCAUUAGUCCGAAAUUGUGCAAACAUGGUAUUUUGACACGUUUUGAAGAGUUGGUAAACUUGUUGAGUACGGGGUGGAAGUACCAUGUCGCCAAUACUGAUGGCAUCAAAGAUGAAUGGAGCCGAUUUGAAAAGGCUACCGAGCACGUUUGUUCUUAUACUGGAGGUAUGUUAUAG